UCAGCUGACAAGAGACACACACACACACACACACACACACAGAGAAGAGACACACACACACACACAGAGAAGGAGAGAGCAGCUCAACGAUCUCAGGUGGAUGAUGUGUGUUUGGACCUCGCUUGUCCUCGUCCUCGUCCUCUCCCUGACCCCGACUUUGAUCUCCUCCACAGGUCUGGUUCCCGGUGUGAGUCUGUACGAGGUCGUGUGGGAUCACAGCGAGACGUUAGCGGAGUCCAUUCUCCGCUCGUCCUCCGUCCUCUCUGGACUGCAGUCGGGUCACCUGACCAAACGCUGCUAUGUCAACUUCCUCCAGCAGGAGGCGCUCUACCUGCACAGUGCCAGCAGCACCCUGGAGGCCAUGAUUGGUCGUCUCCAGGAGUCAGGUGACGUGCGCUCACUGCUGCAGGACACACUGACACACUACAGCAGCAGGAACCUGAGCCUCGCUCCUACCCCAUCACCUCCUCCUCCUCUGUGGCUCCAGUUCUCCCUGCAGUCGCUCCGCUCCGUGGUUCAGGACGAGCCCGUGUACUGGCUGGUGGCGCUGUCAGCCCGCGCCUCCCUCCGCAGCUUCCUGGUGGAGGAGCUGCUGAAUGACCGACCUGGUCCUCGGCUGACGCCGGAGACUGCGGGCGACGCCCUCUUCCAGGAGUGGAGCAAAGAGAGUCUGAAGGAAGUCACCUGGACGCGCAGGUUUAAAGGCGUGUUGGACGAACACCAGAGCAACACGGACGUGUAUAAAGCCAUCAACAUCUUCAGAGAUCACAUGAUGAACCAGAAGAGUUUCUACAAAGCUGUAGACUGUGAAGCUGCUGAUGAAGAGGAGUGAACUGUGGUGGAGGGUGUUUUUUGUCACCUGCUCAGGUAUCUGACACUGAUUCUGGUUUAUCUGGUAUAUCUUGUCGUGAAAGGAAUACCACGGACCAUUAUUACACUGACAGUAUAGUUUUUAAGCCUUUGGGCUGUUACACCUGUUACACCUGAAAAUGUGCCUUUAACAACAAUGGAGAAAAUAGUUACCUGCGGGGUGUGGCUUUAGUGUCCCUUUUAUUUUUAUCUUGGGGAAAACAAAAGUCAAUUUCGGGUGAACAAAGGGGGGAGGGGCUACUGUAGGUGCUAGAAGCUAUGUUAGCUGCAACUGUAGCCAGAUGCUUCACCAAUGGUGUUUAAUGUUUGCACCCUACUGGCUAAAAAGAUCAACUGUAUAAGGAUUUUCAUCUCUUCAUUUUUAUGCAGUUUAUUUCCACCUGUAAUAAAGAAAUGAUUUCAAGGA